AAGGAGCUGAGCUGGGAGCACCACCGGGGGAGCGAGGCCCCGGCGCGGGGUCCGGGCAGGCCCUUUCUGGCUCCCUUUUGCGGCUGCAUGUGGACUCUCCCAAUAUUCCUAUCGGGCCAGGACGUGGGAGAAAGUCAUCGCCCUGGGCCCAGAGAGGAUCUGUGGCUUAUGGGAUGUCCCACGAAGACCGAGGGAUGAAAACUUGCCUUUACUCUCACAGUCCCCGUCUGCAGCUGUGUUUUUUAUAUGAGGACCAUGACCUCCUUCGCUUUAUGUGUGGAUUCCCUGAGAACAGAGAAUACUAUUGGUUUUAAGGCUGCAGGAAGGAUAGAGAUAAGAGAAUUAGAGUAGGAGCUAGAAAUAAUUUAUUGAUGAGCGAAGAGCAAGAAUUGGAUCUUACUUAAGAACGGGAAAAACAGGAAAUUGCUGCCUUGAAGUAUAACACAGGAAAUUUCUGUGUGGCUCGAUGACUUCAAGAUUUCCAACCAUGCACCAGUUGACUGUGGCCGUUUUACACCAUCUCACACCCCAAAGUAAGGUAUCUAUUGGGUCUUUGACUUUGGUAUUUGGGCUUUCCAAACCCAAAUGCACAUCCAGGAUAUUCAGAGGGAUAAAUGGUGAAUUAACAAGGUGAGUUUUCUCAGGAAGAUCAAGCUCUCAAGCUUGGUGGGGGUAUGGACACUCUCAGAAGAUGCCAGCCAAGCCAGUGAUAAUGGAUCCUAAGCAUUCACUUUCCCAGCAGCCAGUAGCCUGCAUGAGUCCACAGUCUGACACAGGGCUAAAAGAAGCAGGGCUGAAGAAUGAGUUGCCUGAAAGGAGUGAGCCUUGUGGGAACACCUCAGAGUUUCCCUUCAAUAGACUCUUAAGACUUACGACUGAGGAAAUGAAAUUUAACAUGAAGGUCAAAUCCAUCACCCCCAAACCACCCAGAAAACCAAAGCUGGAGCGAACAUUUUCCUUAGAUGAAAAAGGCUGGAGGAGAAGGCGUUUUAGAACAAGCCAAGAAAGCCUGACAGACCCUAAUGAGACAGGUUCAUCAUCUGGCUCCCUACAGGAGGUGACUACAAGUCCUCCAAAAUUGACUACAUUACCUCAUGAUGGUAGUCCUACUCCUCACAACCUCAACAGCCUCCAGAGCACCUCUUUGCAGGAUAUUCCUGAACCAGGAGACAUAGGAAAUAGUACAAAUCCCUCUUCUUCCUUGGAAAUUAUUCCUCCCACUGUGACAAGUGGUUCCCUGGAACUUCUGCAUGGGGUUACAGCUUCAAGGAACAAACUUAGACUUUCCAGAGUAUUGCCACCAUUACAACUUCCCCCUUUGGAAUUGAAUGUUGCAUCUGAAACCCUAAGGACAACUAAUAAAAUUGACCUGGAUUAUGUAAAUUAUAAACAUCAUGCUCAAAGUAAAUUGCUCCGGCCUGAUAGUAGCCUGAGUGAUGGUAGAUUACAAAGCAGUAUGGUUUGCGAUAACUGUUCCAUGACCUCUGUGAAGUCCUCAUCCAGCCUUCUUACACCCAUUCACUCAAAGGAUAUCAGAAGCAGGAGCUAUAUGGAAGGAAGCCUCUUAGCUAGCGGUGCCUUGUUGGGAGCAGAUGAACUAGCCCGAUACUUUCCAGAUCGGAACGUGGGACUCUUUGUGGCCACAUGGAACAUGCAGGGCCAGAAGGAACUUCCAAAUAACCUGGAUGACUUUUUAUUACCUUCUGAAGCUGACUAUGUCCAGGACAUGUAUGUUUUAGGAGUCCAAGAAGGCUGUUCAGACAGGCGGGAGUGGGAGAUCCGGCUACAGGAAACAUUGGGACCCCACUAUGUGAUGUUGUACUCAGCUGCCCAUGGUGUACUGUACAUGUCAGUAUUUAUAAGAAGGGACCUCAUCUGGUUUUGUUCAGAGGUAGAAUAUUCAACAGUAACAACUCGAAUUGUGUCUCAGAUAAAAACCAAAGGGUCAUUGGGAGUCAGCUUCACUUUUUUUGGCACCUCCUUUCUCUUUAUCACAUCUCACUUCACUUCUGGUGAUGGGAAAGUAUCUGAUCGACUUUUAGACUACAGUAAAACUAUCCAAGCACUUACACUUCCUAAGAAUGUCCCAGAUACAAACCCAUAUCGAUCUAGUUCCUUGGAUGUCACAAGUCGAUUUGAUGAAGUGUUCUGGUUUGGAGACUUUAAUUUUCGACUGAAUGGCGGACGGAUGGCAGUAGAGUCAAUCCUGAAACAGAAUCUGGAGAUGAACAUGUCAGAGCUACUUCAGCAUGACCAGCUUAUUAAAGAAAUGAAGAAAGGAUCCAUCUUCAAGGGGUUCAGGGAAGCAGACAUUCACUUUUUCCCUUCAUAUAAAUUUGAUGUUGGAAAGGACAGCUAUGAUAGCACUUCCAAGCAGAGGACGCCUUCUUAUACAGACCGAGUUGUAUAUAAAAGCCGUCAAAACGAUGACAUCUACCCAGUCAUGUAUUCUUCCUGUCCUGGAAUCAAGACUUCUGAUCACCGCCCAGUGUAUGGUGUGUUCCGAGUAAAAGUGAGACCUGGGAGAGACAACAUUCCUCUUGCUGCUGGCAAAUUUGAUCGAGACCUCUAUUUGUUAGGAAUUAAAAGACGCAUUUCAAGGGAACUUCAGAAACAAGCACUUAAAGAUCAAAAAUCCAGUAUGAUUUGUACUAUUUCCUGAGAAAACUGGCCUUGCAAGAACCUGACAAGCCAUCAGUAAGGGAAGAUCACCCCAGCAGGCCAAAUGAAUGUUUCAGUCUGUGUGUGAAGAGAACUCACUGUAAAAGACUGAAGUAGUUUUAUGGGUAAUCACCUAUUCCAUCUUUAACGACCCAUGAAGACUAUCUUAAAAGUUGUUCUGUUCUCUGUAUCUUACCAAAAAACUGUAACACACUGGCUGAAAAUUCAAUAAUGGUGUGGUGCCUAACUUCUCAGUGUCCCAGGAAGGACAGGUAUCCUGAGAACAAUUUGGAUUUCUUGUAAAUAAAUAAAUCACUCCUCUGUAGUACUUCCAUUAUGAGCAAGGCAGAUUAUCUUUAUUGACAUUUCUAGCCUUUUUCAGGGUUCCUUCAUUGUAUUCCUCCAAUAGGAUAUUAAUUCAGACACUGGCACUCUGCUUUGGCAAACACCCGAAUUACAUUUUGCCCUGAAUAGCUUAUAUGGUCUAAGGCAGUACUUUAUUUCCUUAAUAUUUGCUGCCAAAGAGCUCUUCAAUACCUGACUAAAUUUUACUUUUUAAAAAAAUAGGUAUUUUGGCCACAUGCCCCACGGCGAGUACAUCUUAACUCUUGUAGGUACAUUUGUGUUCUUCCUACAUUUAGCCUCCAAAGAUCUAUCCAACCCCCAUAUAUAAAUAUAUAUGCUUUCCUGUAUACAUCAUUCCUCUAGUUACUAUUGAAUAGAAUGCCACAGGAUAAUAAGUCAUUUGCUUAAUGGCCCACUUCUCCCUGACCCAGGGCAUUAGGUCAUGGGGAUAGAGCAGGUAGUCUGUCAGUUGUGCUCCUGGAAGUUGAAAAAGCUGAACUUGUGGCUUAGGCGCACUUACGAUUGUCCUUGAGACACGAACCCCAAACCCAGGAGUCACUAUUAAGAGGACAAGAGGCCAUGCCAAACAAUCUGGUUGCUCUUACCAAAUCCGAGAGAUGACUAAAAGCCAACUUGAAUCCAGGGACAGGGAGCACGUAAGGUGGUUCUCCAGGAUUGAUACAAUACAUGCUGUCAUCACAGAACUUCAUUAUUCAUCCUUAUGGAUUUUAUCAGCUAUGCAGAUUCCCAUGGAGGUCACCCCCAAGUGUCAUUUUAUGGAACUACUUCAAGAGUUUUGGGAAACAAGGGAACAUUGUAGAAAAGGGUAUGUUUGCAGAUGUUGUUUGCUCUGUUCAGGUCAUCUGCUUUUUUUUUUUUUUAAAGAAUCAGCCACAGAAUAGCAUCAUUUAAAAUCCUUUUCAUUUAUUUGCCUAAUGGUUUGGGUGUUUGGAAUGUUACUAUUUUGCACUAAUCCUGGAGAAACAACUACAGAUUUUUAAGAGGGUUUUACAACUCAUUACUGUUGUUUUCUUUCUUGUCUCAUAACCAAAAAUUGUUAGUCCUUGAAUAUGUGGCAAUCAAGGUGGAUUCAAUGUAGUCUUCUAAAUUAAUAUUUAUUUUUCUUAUUUAUAUUUUAAAAUAAAUGUAUAAAAUUUAUAAGGUGAACCUAGGUCUUACCUAUAGGUGUGUUUCCUUAGUAACAUUAGAGUUCUAACAGAAAAUAUAUAUAUGUGUCAACUGACCAGAAUCUUUCUGAAUUUCAAUUAUGUGAUUUCUAUUUUCUAAUCUAUAAGUGAAUUUAUUGUAAAUAGAUCUGAAAACAGCAUAUUUAAGUGAGGCUCCCAAUUUAUGCCAUAGAAAUAGACUACAGAAUUUGAAUUUCCAGAUACAGACUUGUGUUUGAGUCAACAAAGAACAUUUUAAAAACAAAAUUCACCCUUUAAGACAUUUAUAGAAAUGCUCUUUUAUCUUAUAGGUAAGAUCCUAUUAGGAAGAAUUCCAAGGAGCUGUUCAGUUUGUUUCAUUUUACUGGAAUGUUGUAUAAAAUAUUGUUUAAAUAAGUAGGCCAUACAUUUCACUUAAAAAUCGUUAUGUUGGUUUUUAUUGUAAUAUGAUUUGACCUGAGCAAAUUUUUGCAGAUUCAAUCAGAAAAACAUUUUUUUUUCCCAAAUGAGGAAUAAAUUUUAUUUCUUCAACUUUAAAGUAAUUAAAACAUGAAUUCAUUUAUAUAGUAGUUUGUGAUUAAGAACGUGGCAGGAAGGCACUAUAUAAAUCUGAUUUUUAAAAUCACUAGUUCUAUGUUGAGUGAAAAUUCAGAUUCUUUGUGAAACUAUUUCACUCCUGGAAAAUUAUAGUGACAGUAAUUUUGACUGAGCACAAAUCUCAAUUGUAAAAGUUAUGAAAAGUAAAUUAUUUGCCAAUUUCCCAAGCAAUAAUCAAAUCUGCUUAAAAUUUUGGUUUGCUUAGUCUGAGUUGCUUAUUUAAAAGAUUUUUGUGUAUCAGGUCUCUGGUAAAUUGUUUUCAUCUUGAAUUUUUUUUUACUUAAGUUAUAUAUUUUUUGUACUUCCACAAUUAAAACUAAAUUGCCAGGAAA